AUAAACAAAAUCAACGAAACAACAAGGAAAAUCAAACACAAAUGUACAAUAUUUAUAACAACCUUGUACCUAUCAAAUGUUCUGAACAUAAAUACCAUACUAUAGUUUAGCUCUCUUUCUCCCUCUUUUUUUGUGAAUCUUCAAAUUUUGUGCUGCCUAGAUGCAAGUUUUUGUGGCAACAUCAUUGGACCUUAUUAAUUGGCUUCUUGGUUUGUUUGGUUCUUCUAAAAAGAAAGUACACAUUUCUGAUCAUAGCAACAAAAUUGAUGAAUCUUUGUCCCUCCCAUUACACAUAUUUUUUAUAAUUGUGAUUGGUCUUGUGUUUUUUCACUUGUAUUGGUUCGGUGAAAACAAUCACAAUACCAACGAGGUUGAAGAAGAGGAACUGGAGCACCCCGUCGAUGAAUCAGACCGUGAUUUUGUUUGGGAUUGGCAGCUUAGUCCCCGGACAUCUGAGCAUGGUGAUGCGGCCAAAAGACACACUCCGUGUGCAUUUUGUGGCGAUCUAAGUACCACAAGAUGCGCUCGCUGCAAGGUUGCUAGAUAUUGCUCAGAAGAAUGCCAAAUUGGACAUUGGAGGUCGUGGCAUAAAUAUGAAUGCUUUGAAAUGGAGAGUGAAGAAGGUCAUGCAAGAGAAGAAACCCCUAUGCUUGUCGAGGAAAAGUAUGAUAAUCAGGAGAGUAUCCCAAAUGGGUCUUUGAGUUCAAAUGUGGUAGUUGAUGAUGGAUCAAGUAGUAGCAGUGAUGUAAACUCUCAUAUUAGCUGUGUAGAAUGUGGUAGCCCAAGUACCACCAGAUGCGCACGAUGCAAAUCCGUCAGAUACUGCUCUACAAAGUGCUUGAUUGCAAAUUGGAGAUGGCAUAAGUAUAACUGCAUUGCAGAGGAUGUGAAUUCAGCUCCAACAGAAAGACCUGAUAGAAAUGUUGGAGUGCUCAAGCAUUCUAAUAAAGAAGAAGAGAGUAUUCCUUCAUCCAAGCCUCUCUAUUUGGAGCUUCAUCCAGAAGGAACCUCAAAUUUCAAGUCUCCAAGUGAAGUAUCACAGGUUACUACCAAGGAAUAUCAAGUGCAUAAAACUCAAUGGGUGAAAUACCUUGAAGAUGAACUUGUGAAGUCUAGGAAACAAAUUUUGGCGAUACAAUCAGAGCGUGACGAUUGGAAGGGGCGAGCAAAUUUCGCUAGAGAGAUGUUUCAAAGAUUCAAGGAAAAAACUGAAAACCAAUUGUUUGUGUUGAGAAAUGAAAAUGAGUCAAUAUCAAAUGCUGAGAAGAAAGCUUCCAAUGUAACUCAUAGUUUACAUGAGAGGCUAAACCACUUGCAGAUUGCAGCACAAGAAAACUUUGCAGAGAAGAGAAGGUUAGAAGAACAUAUACAAAUGGUAGAGAGUGAAUGUGCUACGCUGAAGAAGGAACUACAAGAAGAGCAUAAACAUGCUCAAUAUCUUACACUAGAGUCUAACAAGAGUCACGAGACCGCACAAAUUGCCAUAAGAGAAGUUGAAGUGGUAAGACAAGAGCUUUUAGAAGAGCGUAAACAUGUCGAACGAGUUAAAGAGAAUUUCAUUAGAGAAGUUACAUUUGUUGAAUCAAGAGCUAUUUUUGCUGAGGCAAAACUCAGUGAUCUUCAGAGGAAAAUCAAACUGACAGAUCAUAAGGUUCUUGUCAAGACAGACAGUUUAGGAAAACCUUCCACGGCAUGCACUAUAUGUUUGACCAAUGAAAAGAACAUGGCCUUUGGGUGUGGACACAUGACAUGCAGAGACUGUGGAUCCCAAUUAUCAAAGUGUCCAAUAUGCCGUGAGCAGAUCACAAGUCAUAUUAAAUUGUUUCCUGGGUGAUUCACUGUAUUUGAGUGCUCAUAUUUUAUUUUCUUGCAUGCACCAAAUAUAUUUUGUACAUAGAUUUCCAUAGUGUUACCUUUAUAGUUCUAAAUGUGCAUAUAUUAUGCAUUUAAAGAAUGUAAUCUAUUUGUAGUAUAAUUUUUUUCCUUAUGGACACUUUUCCAAAAAUUAUUGUAGAAGUUGUAGUCAUUUAAUACGUUUUCAUUGAAUUAAAUAUGGAUUUUAUUAUUAAA